CACCAAAAACCCUAAACAGUCAACCAUUCCCUACAGGCAAGACCACAGAAUUAAACCAUGGACCAACAACAUCAACUGCUCCUUGCUCAACAACAACAGCUGCUUUAUCAACAGCUCCAAGCUCUUCAACAACAAGAAGGUUUUAUUGCAUACCAAUCAAACCAAUCUUUCUGCUUUCGUUUUCAACACCCAAAACAACAGCAAUACCACCAGCAGCAACAAGGUUAUUACCAAUCGAACUAUGCCAAUGUCUACCAGCAGCAGCAGCAGCAGCUGCUGCAGCAACAACAACCUUAUCCACCACAACCUAUCCAACUUUCUCAAUCACGACUAGUCCAGGCACCUGGGAUUCCGGUACUUCCGGGGCUGGACCCCACCGAGGCUGUGCUGUCUCGACUGGCGCAAUUUUCAGCGUCCAGAAUGGGAGCAGUGGCAGAGAGGCCUUUGCAUCAACCGGUUGGUCAGCCUCCAUACAGUAGUGGUGGUGAAAGGGGUGGUGAGCCAUUCAAAGGACACCAAGGAAAUUUUGGCUACAACCACCUUAGACCCAGUGGAGCUGGCCCAUCUUUCAUUGGAAGACCACAUGGUUGUGGUAGUGGUGGCCCUAAGCAUUUCUCACAACAUGGUUUCCCUUCAACAUCUUCGCAUCCAGAAUCUUCAGUUGCUCCAGCAACACUUCCACCUGAGAAAUCAGAAUCAGCGUCAGCACUUAAAACAGAAGUUCCAAACAAAACUAAAGUUCGGAACAACCAGAGUCCCCAGGUUGCUUGGUGUGAAAUUUGUAAGGCCGCGUGCAAUAGUUUGGAAAUUCUUGAGAAUCACAAGAAUGGAAAGCGACAUAAGAAGAACAUGAAGAAGAUGGAAAAGAUGAAAAAUGCUAUCAGAUCAGGGGAUGAAUUACAGGGCCAACAGAAUCGCACAUCUAAUUCAAAUCUGGAAGUGUCUCAUUUGACUCAGUGUGCACAGGAUGGUGAACAGAACAAACCAACAGAAAAUUUACCCACUGAAGCUGUUAACCAUGUAAAAUCUGCGGAAACUGAACAGCAAAAUAAUAUCCCGGGGCAGCAGCAUGGUCCAAAGCGCAAGAAGAAGCACAAGAUUACUUCUGAAACUGAAACUAAGAAGAUUGUUAUUCCGCUAAUCUGUGAUAUAUGCAACGUCAAGUGUGAUAGGCAGGGGAUUUUUGACCACCAUCUUUCUGGAAAGAAGCAUGUUGCUAACUUCAAAAGAUUUAAAAGUAGCCAAGCUAUAUGUGGGCCAGUCGGGCUUCAAGCUCUUUACCCCCCUAACCCAAUUGCUCAGACUAUUUUCCAUCCCCAAGAAGGGAAAUACAUGCCUCCCCAUGUGUACCAAGAAGUGCCGGUGGAAACAAGUUCAAGUCCCUAAUUUCAAGAAAAUCCUGCAAUCGGAGGGUCAGAAGCCUUGCCUGAAUUGUGGAAACAAUAAUAGUGUUACAAUGGCUAUGGAAACCACAGAGAAGUCUGUCACAGAAGAACCGAACAUCAAGCAAGCAGCUACUAUCGAGGCUAAUUGUGUGACUGGUGUUUCAGAGACUAAAGAUCAGGGGCCAAAUCCUCUAUCACAUGACAAUUUUAGAAGCUGACUCUGGUCCAACUUUGUAAACGAAUGAAGCAAUAUAGCCUAAAUAGCAGUACUACUUGCCAUGUACGUGGAAUUUCUUUUGAAUUUUACCCCAUUGAAAAUUUUCUCCUAUGGAAGUUAAGUUUAGCUUAAAUCUAAAUAUCUAUCAGUAUUCUUUGCUUUUCA